CCAUACUUGGCAUAAACAAUGGAAAGAGGACGCGAGAGGGCCACUCCCACCGUUCAACGCGAUGCGCGGUUCCUACUCUCAUCUCUCUCUAGGGUUUCUUGAUCGGUAUCCCUCGAAUCAUCGUCGGCUUGCGUAAUCGGCAGGUGGAUUUCCGUUGCGGUCAUUCGAUCCCUACUCAGCUCCGAUCUCGAGGUGUUUCACCGGUGGUAGCUUGACGAUUGUUUGUCCACUUCAUUUUCUAUGAUCGGAGUCUUGUUGGUUAGGAUCCGCCUUUGGUUUGGCCCUAAGUUGCUAAGUUUUCGCCGAUAAUGACGAUGGGGUCGAUCGGAGUUCUUGUUUACAAGUGUCAUUUUUAAUGUAAUUUUAGCGGACUUGUUGAUUUGGAGAUGCCCUCUCAUUUGAUUGCUGCUAUAAUGAUGAUAUCCGUACUUUUGGUUGCAAUUUAUGCGAUACAUGUAUUCGUAGGGGAGCUUUUUAAUACUUUGGUGAUGGUUCUUUCUCAGGGAUUUAUCGUCGUCGUCGUCGUCCGUAAUAAGAUUGCCAUUCGAUUCUGAGCUUAUUCCUACCCCUUAUUGAACGAGGUGUUGACUCAGUGUUGCCGAUGGAUCAGACUGCAAAGAUGGAAAGCCACCUGUCAUCAGCCGCGGCUUUUGUGGAAGGAGGCAUCCAGGAUGCUUGUGAUGAUGCUUGCAGCAUAUGUCUAGAAGCUUUUUGCGACAGUGACCCUUCCACGGUUACUAAUUGCAAGCACGAGUUCCAUCUACAGUGCAUUCUCGAAUGGUGCCAGAGAAGCUCUCAGUGUCCAAUGUGUUGGCAGACUAUUGGUUUGAAAGAUCCAACCAGCCAAGAGCUAUUAGAGGGCGUAGAGCGGGAAAGGAGCAUAAGACUUAACCAUGCACGCACUGCUGCUAUUUUUCAUCAUCCGGCACUUGGUGAUUUUGAGUUGCAACAUUUGCCUGUUGGUGGAAGUGAUGCUGAACUUGAAGAGCGUAUUAUCCAGCACUUAGCCACUGCUGCUGCCAGGGGAAGAGCACAUCACAUUGCUAGAAGAGGAUGGGUUAGAUCAGAAUCUCAAGGCCGUCCACAAUAUUUGGUUUUCUCUACUAAUCAGAAUUCACCAUCAGUAGGCUUUGAACCUACUUCCCCUGCCUUAGGAAGGGAAAAUGAAUCACCUCGUGCAGUAGUUGCUGUUAAUCCAUCAAUUUCAACUACUACUCUGGGAAGGGAAUCCACCGAAGUUACCAGUGACUUCCAAGCUCGAGUUAACCAGACUCCAUUGUCGACUUCAAGAGACAGCGAUAAUACAAACAGACCUAGUAUUUCAACUCUCAGGAAUCUAACUGGCCAGUAUUCGUUUAAUCAAGACAGACCAGGGCCCUCUGAGUUGCAAUCUCUCUCAGAAACUCUGAAAUCUCGCUGGAAUGCUGUCUCAAUGAGAUACAAAGAAUCUAUAGCUAGGAAUACCCGAGGAUGGAGGGAGCGGCUAUUUUCACGUAAUAGUUCUGUUGCAGAUAUUGGUCCUGAAGUCAGAAGAGAAGUCGGUGCUGGAAUUGCUAACACGUCACGAAUGGUGGAACACUUGGACAUAAGAGAAAGUAGAACCACGAAUUCGACUGUGUCACCCAGUGCUGAAGUAAAUGCAGUUGCGGAACCAAGAAAUGAGGGUGUUAGUGGCAGUCAAGCUAACACCUGUGUGAAUAGUAGCGCUUCAUCCACAUCUUGUGCUGCAACUUCUGGUUCCAACUAAGUUUUGUGCAUUAUCGUUCUCUUUGAGUUGGCCCCAUUAUUUAGUAUGUACAUUUCUGCUGUUUGUGCAUUAAGUACUAUUUAUCGCAUAAAUAGUUAAACAAAGAUGAUAAGGCUUAUAUGCAGUCAAAUUUUCAUUA